UGACGCUGGGUGGUGGGUUUUUGCUUGCCUGAGGGCUACUAUAUCGCCAGUGCGACGCGACGACCAUCCGGCGUGCGUGGUUAAUCUACCGGAAUCCUCGCCCGGCAUGCCGUGGCCACGGGCAUUCUCUCUGCCGGCGAGAGAGGGUGUGAGAGAGAAUGAGCGUACGACGACGACGAGGAAGAGGAGGAGAUGAGGAGGCUGGCGCGCCCUCUACGCGCGCCGUCGAGACAGCUAUAAAAGCAGCGCCGGUUGCUCCAGCAUCUAUCUCUGCUCAGCGCACCAGCACGACCAAUUCCCGCAGCAGCAUCACCAUCACCACCACCACCACCAGCACGACAUCAAAAUGCGCCUCACGACGCUCCUCCUAAGCGCGGGCCUGGCGCUCCUCGCGGCCGCAGCGCCCUCGCCCGACCUCGUCAAGCGCUUCGCGACGAACGUGAUGCCGGCCUCGGCGGGCUCCUCGUCGUUCAGCACGCCGUACGUCGUCGCCGCGGGCAAGAGCUUCGACGGCAAGCUGGUCAAGUACGACCGCGGCACGUCGUGCACGGGGCAGGCCGAGGGCGGCGACAAGGACGCCGUCUUCCACGUCGAGGAGGGCGGCACCCUCAAGAACGUCAUUAUCGGCAAGAACCAGAUCGAGGGCGUGCACUGCCUGGGCGCGUGCACGAUCCAGAAUGUGUGGUGGGAGGACGUGUGCGAGGACGCCCUCACCAUCAAGCAGUCCUCCGGCACGUCGUACGUCGUCGGCGGCGGCGCGUUCCACGCUUCCGACAAGGUCGUCCAGCACAACGGCGGCGGCUCCGUCUCGAUCAAAGACUUCUACGUCGAGGACUUUGGCAAGCUAUACCGCAGCUGCGGCAACUGCAGUUCGCAAAAGCAGCGCACAGUGACGAUUUCCGGCGUCUGGGCCGUCGACGGCAAGACCCUCGCCGGCGUCAACUCCAACUACGGCGACAAAGCAACGAUAUCCGGCUCGUGCCUCGACACGGUCAAGACGGUGUGCGCGUGGUACGAAGGCAACGACGACGGCGACGAGCCCACGCAGCUCGGCAGCGGCAUCAGCACGUACUGCAACUAUGCGAACAACGGCAUUGACGACUGCCCGUCUUGAAGGGGGCGAUGGCGGGCGUAGGGCUGGAGAGAGGGCCGUG